AUGUCAACUAGGCAGGUGUCAAGACAGAGGUCAACGUCAACGAGAUCCUCGACAUCACAUCACUCGGCACCACAUUCGACCCAUUCAGCUUCAAGACGAUCGGGGCAAGUAAGGCAGACGCCGCCUCCAACAGCUUUUACGCCUGAGAACACCGAUCAAGAAUUUGAGCCAUGCGCCGCUACAGCCUCCUUCCUCCUAUAUGCGCAACGAAAUCGAAUUCUAGUGCUCCAUCAUGACACGCUCACGAUCGAGAGGAGGCUCGACUUACAUCGGGAAGAUGUGCUAUGGAUAGUGGUGGACAACGUCAGUGAGAGGGGUUCAGGAAGGCUAGCGGUCAGCUUUGAUGCUGGAAAAACAGCUAUUGUAUGGGAUAUCCUGAGUGGUGGUGAGGUCGCACGGUUCUCUGCAUACGAGCACAUGAAAGUGGCAGCCUUCAUGCGGAACGGGAACAUUGCAUUCGGCAAUGAUCAAGGUAACAUCAUCUUGUUCGAGCCCUCGACGUCAGAACAUAUCUCGGCGCGGACAAUAUUCGACCCCAUCACCGCGAUUGCACCUGCAGCUGACUGCAGUGCUUUUGCGAUUGGUUACUUAAACGGAUCGAUAUUGAUUGCGACUCUCCAGCCUUCGUUUACGAUCUUGCACACCUUGAACACGAACAGAGCGCCUUCGAAGAUCACUGGCUUGGCAUGGCAUGGAUCGUCCUCGAAGCAAAAGACAGAUAUGCUUGCGACACAAACGUAUGAUGGCGAUCUACGAGUCUGGAGUGUGCCCAAAGAACAAACAGACACUCCCAACAUCAUCAGAGUUCUGCAGCGAUCAGAAACACCACAGCCUGGCGCUUGCUGGUUUGCGUGGUCUAAGAAUGGUCGUCUGAUCCAAUUCGUGGAAGGGGAAACCCGAGCUUGGGACGUUCGCACCAAGAAGGUGACAUACGAUAUAAUACCCACCAUUGACGGAGUCGUGGGAAUCUCGAACUACGGACCAAGUGCGACGUUGUUUACCCUCGGACGAAACCACACCGUUCAGCAAUACGACAUCAACCCUAGCAAUGUUCCACUACAAGUUGCUACAGCGCAGCACGUACCCGCAAACGCACCACCCACGCCACCAACGACGCUCGAAGAACGAUCAAAAUCAGCAGCUGUUCUGGGACAGACCAGUCUGCCUGGCUUGACAGAUGAGGAAAGCAGUGCAGAUGAGAGCAUGAACAUGUCGCCUCUACAGAAGAUCGCUCGUGAGAUGGAGUCACUAGAUGCUCUUGAGUCAGAGAUUCGCGACAAAGUGAUGCCUUUGAGUUCUCGGUCAAGUAAUGCAGGGUCGCUCAGUUCAGGAGGUUCGGGACACGCAGUCCGCAGACAACGAAAAUACCUCUACGAUCGACCUGAUUCUUCACGAGCAUCAAACAGCACCAGCUUCGAGGGUACUGAGUUUUCCUUUGGGCCUCCUUCCAAAGUUGGGCACGAGAGCGUCUCAAUUCGAUCGCAAACCCAAGGCUCAACGCACAGCCGAAAACGAUCUUCACACCUUCGCAAAGAGGUUCUACGCAGCCCAGAGGAGGGUAGGGAAGUGUCGUCUAUGGAUCUCUUUCCAUGGGUGAAAGCUCGAUUACGGGAGGUCGCCUUUCGCACGCCGCACUACGGAGAAGUAGCUCGCACACCAGAGAUACUUCAGCGCGAGAUGCUCAGCGUGAUUUUCGGCUGGAAUGACGAUGUUCGUACCCUCGUCAAUGAGGAACUGGCAGGACACGGCGCUGGUUCUGCAAGUGGUGUUCUACUUUCGAGAUGGCUUGGUGAUAUCGAUGCCGAUCAAAUGGCAUCUCUGGUUGGCUCAGAAUCCAUGACUUCCUCCGACUGGAUGCUUCUGGCUCUCAGCUCCAUUGGGGCAGACUCCCAGAAGAAGGUGGGCGAGGCAUUCGUGCAGCGACUUCUUGAAAAGGGCGAUAUCCAUCCAGCAGCUGGCAUUCUGAUCGGACUUGGCGAGGUCAACGACGCAAUCGAAGUCUAUGUUUCGCAAGGUUUCUGGUUAGAAGCUGUGCUCCUCACGUGUUUAACGCGAGAGUCCGACUGGCAACGAAUCUCCUGGCUGUUACGAAAAUGGGGCGAGGCUGCUGUGCUUGGUGGAGAUGCAGAGCUCGCCGUUCGCUGCUUCUCUUGCACCAGUAUCGAGACCAACGCUCCAUGGACGUCGCCAAGGGCUCAAGAUGCCGUACAUGUGGCACAACGAGAGCCGCGCAGCCAACCAGCUAGCGCAGGGCCUGUGACAAGUCCUACGUAUUCUCUGCCAUCCCGUUCCGGAUCUGGACGACUGACGGCAAAGAAUGCUUCCUUGAAGCUCAUCACCAGCUUCGGAGACAAGGCGGCACCUAUUCAGCAAGCACCGGAUGAACCCCUUACCACUUUGGACCCAGCUACUGUAACUGCCGGCGUUACUCCCAUCGGCGGAAUGUCUGCUCUCCCAUUAUCACCGGCUGGUCGCGAUCCUUGGAGGAGCAAUUGGGUGCGCUCCGCCAGAGAUCCUACAUCUGCACGAACCGCAACGCCGGGUGGAUACAACCGAAGGAAGCGGCUACCGUCUCGUGGAGAUAUCGAGCGUGCGAAACAAGAAGCAGAAAUGAUCAUUACACCGCUAACAGCUGCUCGCGACUUCGGCGACGCAAAUGCAUUGCUUCGCACUGGUGUCAACAAGAGGUCGAGUUCUGUUGGCAGCGUACCUGAACCUGCGACCGCUUUACGGCCUACUGUCUACGAUGCAACAAAGUUAGCACCAAGUACGUUUGGCGAAAGGGCUGACCAGCUGCCUUCGCCAGCCCAUGGAGUGUUCAACCGUCUCAGAGAGGACUCGCGUGCGUCUCGGGAUAGAAAGCAAGAUCGACUGGGCAUACAGGUCGUCGACACAGUAUUCACUGAUGAAAUGUCUCCCAGCAUGGAACGCAGCGGUGUCAUUGCGCAGAAUCGAGCAGGCACGUUGAGUCCUCCGUUGACUGGCGGCAGCUCAAAAGCCAGCACGAAAAGUGCCAAGGGUAGUGCCAAGGGUAGAGCGACUGAUGAGUACAUUAGUAGUGUUGACGAAGCCCGUCAAACUGCCCGAAAGGAGCGGACUCACAGCAGACAACGUGGUGAAUCUCGAAAGCGUGGCGAGAGCCGAUCUGGCCGCGCGAGUAGCCGGAUGCGAGAGGCUUCAGAGAACCGUGGUAGAAAAGGAGAGGUGCGGUACAUCAAACCUGCGAAGCGAUCGCCGUCUUCGCCAGUGCCCAUGUCACCUGAGGAAAUCCUUCAAGCUCAAUCUCGAAAGGUCGAGCCUGCUACUACGGAUGAUGAGAACUUCUACAAGACUGGCCUGGGCUCGCCGGUGGAGUCACACAAGAGCGCUCGGUCGGGGAAGUCUGAUCCACGACUUGCACGCAAAACAGUCUCUGAAGACAAGGUGAAGCCUACGCACCCACCUCGCACCUCGAGCAAGGCCCCAAGCAUGCCGACAAGUCCUUUGAACGUGCUUCCUGAGGGCGACAGGCGUGGUAGAAGCGACGAACGAACGAUUGGCUCAUCGACGCGGUCACCUUCGUCCCCGCUGCCAACACUGUCGAACAAGGUCUAUGCGGCCGACAAGGAAGAGACUCAGAGUGAUGGUCAGAGAUUCCGCUUACGAUCCCAGAGUGCCAAUCGCCGGCUGCCAGAAGACUUGCAAGACCGCAGACAGGCCAGUCGGGACCGACGUGAUCGAUCAAGCAGUCGUCGACGACGAAAAGAAGAUCCUGACAUGAGGUCCACCGACGUUGUUCAACAGGUGAUUCCUGAAGAAGGAUCGCUGCCGCAAGCUUCGUUGGCUUCUGAGAACUCCUCCAUGUCUGAAAGAAGUGGGAUGAGCAAGAAAGAACUCGCAGCGAAGGAGCUCGAGGAGAGACGUCUUUCGCUAGCAAGGCGACGCCCAUCAGCUCCUCAGAUUCCUCGUCCAGGCGAAUUUCCAGCAGCUGUUGCUGGUACUCAACGCCCAUCAAUAGGGCAGCGCUCGCAGACGGAUCUUGGCGACAGUCCCACUUCUUUCAUGCCGCCGAUGUCUCGCGCUCAUACUGUUGACGCCGAUUCGAUGAACAAGUACGGCUUGGUUGGCAAGAUAACCGGAACAUCAACACCAUCGGCUCCAAUUGGACUGCCAGCAACACCGAGAGCUAUGAGACAUCCCAAGUACAUGGGCUCUGACAGCAGUGACGGUAAUGCGAUUCCGAAUGUCCCAGACAUUCCUGGCAAGUUCAGUGACUUGUCGCUCUCUGGAAGUAACUUGAGUCAAAUCACGGGCUCUAUGGUCAGCGGAGUAUCAUCUUCUAUGGUCUCUACAAACCCUCGCCAGUCGACACAUAUCUCAGGUCCCUCGACUCAGCAAUCUGAGACAGGUGAUUCCCUAGGUCCGCUACUGCCGUCGAGUGUCUUCAGCAAAGGCAGUGGCCCUCGUUCUGCGUCCGCUCCUCCAGACAACAGUUCCAGCAGUGGCAGCUCAAGCAAUUCGGUACCAAUGCAUCCAGGAUACAAGGCAGCUCCAUCCCACAGCCGCCGGCUGUCGAACAUUCGCAAGAUCUCGCCACCAGACCUGGCGAACCCGUCUGAGACUAGCGACUCCGUGACAAGCAUCGAUGCCGCACUUCACGGCAGCGAUACUUCGAACGUCAUCGUCAUACCAGAGACUCCUCACAACACACAAGCACCUGUCUUGCCCGAGUUGCUGCAUCUUGCUGGUCCUCCGCCGCCUCCGCCUCCGCCAACGAUGUUCUCGCCAACUCACACCAAGACUGGCUCAGGGGUUAUCGACAUUGCUAUCGAUCAAAAUGCACCAACCAGUGCAGUUGAAACUCAGGCACCGCAAUUCCCAGCUACUAACGAGCGGUCUUCCACUUCUUCGCCCACAACGCAUCGCCGCAACCAAGGCAGCGUUGGAGAAUCUUUUGGCGCUCGAUUCCGCGGCCUGGGAGAACGUAUGCGCAGCAGCUCAAAGGGCCGUACUAAGUCACCACAGAUGGAAAGAGGCCUCUCGCCGUACGAGUCGAUCCCACUGCCCACUUCAGCCCACCCAGACCGUCCACCGCCACAGUUCCCACCAGUUGGUCCAGCUCCCUACGAAAGCGUCCCCAUACCCAGUGCAACGCCAACCCAACAGACUGGCAGUCGCGCACAAAGCCCUUAUGAGCAAGCAAUGGCAGCGAUGGCGAGCGGAGGUGGCCAUCGUCCCUCCCACCCUGUGCCUACCAGUCCAGGGAGCGAGAGACAGCUGAACGAGACAAGCAUACCACCCAGUAGCCUCCCCGGUAGCAGAAACAACAGCGCAAUGGGCGGAUAUCGAAACCCCAAGGAGAUCCGCGCAAACAUGCCUCCCGAAGCCGUCCAGCAGGGCGCCUGGCCCCAUCCCAACGCAGGAGGGUUCUUGUGA